UCUAACCACUUUCUGGCUGCAAGCGCAUAGUUAACUGACAGAAAAGCAACGGACGUGUGAUAGCAUUCUGAACGCUUUGUCAAAGCUAUGUGUGUGUGAUCGGCAGAGCCGUGAUUCGCGAUUGUAUUUUAAAGAAAUACGAGUGACUAACGUCCAGUUAGUAUACGCACUUUGCCAUAAUUACAUUGAGCAGUGUUGUUGACAAAUUUGAUGCCCUUCGAUGAUCUUAACCUCUCACAUGAUAUGAGGAGAUUUAUGUUUGCCUGGGAACGUAUUGUUUUCUAACAUAUUUUUAGCAAACCGAGUAGCACAACACGUAACAAUCUGCGCUUAUUUACACUCGCUAAAAUCACCUCUGCCGCACUGAUCCAAUUCCUGUAUAUAUAUAAUAUAUAUAUGCCUACAUUAUAUAUAGUCACGCUACACACAACAGCAAGCACACAAGUCACCUCUUGACAUUACGAUAGAUUGGAUUUUUAUCAUUACUCAGUUUACUUGUAUCAUUUGUUGUCGCUUGUCAGAGAUGGAUUAUAAUAAUGUACAUCUCUCGAUGGAUAAUAAUAAUAGCUUGUUAGUAGAAGAAAUGGACCCUAGUGAUUUAACGGUUGAAAGAAAAGAUAACACAAAUGAACCAUUAUCGAUCGAAAUGACCAGUGGAUCUGAUAAUGUUGAUUUAUUUAAAAGUAUGGCUAGCACGUCUUCGGACCAGAAUACCAUCGCACAGAAGACAUGGGAACUGGCGAAUAACAUCGAGACCAUCAGCACAAUUGACGAGAUUUACAGAUACGACAGGAAAGAACAACAGGAUAUAUUAACUGCCAAACCAUGGGAGAAAGACCCACAUUUCUUCAAAGAUAUCAAAAUAUCCGCGCUAGCUUUACUAAAAAUGGUCAUGCAUGCACGAUCCGGUGGGACACUGGAGGUGAUGGGUCUUUUGCUUGGUAAAGUAACAGCAAAUACAAUGAUUGUGAUGGAUUCUUUUGCCUUGCCAGUUGAAGGAACAGAAACUAGAGUAAACGCUCAAGCUCAAGCUUACGAAUAUAUGACUGCUUACAUUGAAGCAGCUAAACAGGUUGGUAGACAAGAAAAUGCAAUUGGUUGGUAUCAUAGUCAUCCUGGAUAUGGAUGCUGGUUAUCCGGGAUUGAUGUAUCAACUCAGAUGCUCAAUCAAAACUUCCAAGAACCGUUUGUCGCGAUCGUCAUUGACCCUGUGAGAACCAUAUCUGCUGGCAAAGUUUGCCUAGGUGCAUUCAGAACCUACCCUAAGGGAUAUAAACCAGCAAAUGAGGAGCCGUCGGAAUACCAAACGAUACCCCUGAACAAAAUCGAAGAUUUCGGUGUUCAUUGCAAACAAUACUAUUCUCUGGAGGUAUCCUAUUUCAAAUCUUCGUUGGACAGACGACUGCUCGACUCAUUGUGGAAUAAGUAUUGGGUGAAUACCUUGAGCUCCUCCAGCUUGUUAACAAACGCGGAUUACACCACAGGGCAGAUUUUCGAUCUGUCGGACAAGUUAGAACAGUCUGAAGUAGCGUUAGGAAGAGGAUUUGUCCUGGGUGGCACAGAUCCCCAUGAUCGUAGCACAGUGGAGAAGCUCAUAAAGGCAACCAGAGACAGCUGUAAGACUACUAUCGAAGUUAUUCACGGUUUAAUGGCGCAAAUAAUCAAGGACAGACUGUUCAAUCACGUUGGCGGCAAUAUGAGCGAUCCUCAACAGAAGUAAUGAGAUUUUGUGAAAUGCGCAAUGACGAUAUUUCAAGUACGAAAAUUGUGUUUGUAAUUAAAAUCAUCAUGUAUCUUGUAAAA